AUGGCAGCAGAGAGUGAGUUGGAGAGUGAAGCACAGGAAGAGAUGAGGAGGAAGUGUGCGUCUGAAUCAACAACUGGUNCCCUCCUCCCCUCCCAGUUGGAUGGCAGCUUAGCGGAUGCCAAGAGGCAGCUUCAGGAUGAGAUGCUGAGGAGAGUGGACGCCGAGAACCGCCUGCAGACCGUGAAGGAGGAACUGGAGUUCCAGAAGAACAUCUACAACGAGGAGCGGCGUGAUAGCGAGCACCGCUACAAGUCCCGCAUGACGGAGGUGGUCAGCGGGCGGCAGCAGGAGUUUGAGAGCAAGCUGGCCAUCGCCCUGAUGGAGAUGAGAGCCCAGCACGAGGAGCAGCUCGCCCUCUACAAGGAGGAGGUGGAGAAGACCUACAACUCUAAGCUGGAGAACGCCCGUCACUCUGCUGACAGGAACGGCCAUUUGUUGGGAGCCAGUCAUGAAGAGGUGCAGCAGUCCCGGGUUCGAAUUGAGAGCAUGUCAGGCCAGCUCAGCAUGAUGCAGAAACAGCUGUCAGCGAGCGAGGCCAGGGUGCGGGAGCUGGAGGAGGCGAUGUCAAGGGAGCGGGACCUGAUGCGGCGGCGCCUGGAGGAUAAAGAGCGGGAGGUGACUGAUAUCCGCAGUCGACUCCAGCUGCAGCUCGAGGAGUACCAGGAGCUGCUGGACAUCAAACUGGCCCUGGACAUGGAGAUCAAUGCUUACAGGAAGCUGCUGGAGGGAGAGGAGGCCAGGCUGAGUCUCUCACCCGGCACUACACCCACUGCCAAGGUCACAGUGACACGGUCCUCUGGCUCCGCCCACAACCAGAUCAGUCGUGUGGUCCAAUCUUCCGGACUUGCCGUUGGCACCGGCACCGCCUCCAGCAGCCGUAACUCCUCCGGAACAGCCGUCUCCAAGAAGCGCCGCCUCAAUGAAAACGACAGCGAGACCUCCAGCAUGGUGGGGGGCUCUGUGACCAAGACUCGCAUCAGUCAGAACGCCUCAGCCAGCGGGCGCGUCACCGUGGACGAAGUCGACCUGGAGGGCAAGUUCAUCCGUCUCAGCAACAAGGCCGACGAGGACCAAUCUCUGGCUAACUGGCAGGUGAAGAGAGUAGUAGGUAGCACCACCCCCAUCAUCUACAAGUUUCCCAGCAAGUUCACUCUGAAGGCCGGAGGAGCUGUCACGAUCUGGGCUGCCUCUGGAGGAGGAACCCACAACCCCCCCACUGACCUGGUGUGGAAGAACCAGAGCUCCUGGGGCACCGGAGACCUCAUGCAGACCAUCCUCAUCAGUGCCAACGGAGAGGAAAUGGCCAUGAGGAAGGUGACCCGCACCCUGUUCCAUGAGGAUGAAGACGAUGACAUGGGAGCUCACAGCACGAGCGGGGACAACGAGUACAACCUGCGGAGCCGCACGGUGAUCUGCGACUCCUGCGGGCAGACGGCGGACCGCCCGGGGUGCGGCGGGGGCGGUGGUCUGCCUGAAGGCCUCGGGGGACACUCCCUCUUCAUGGGGAGCAACGAGCCCAGAAAGGGCCGUGCAAAGCCGGAGAACUGCUCCGUCAUGUAGAGCCAGACCCCACCUCACCUGACCUCACCUGACCCCACCUCCUGCAGCCAAUAAAGGACGAGAAGAUAUUUUCUUCCUUUGGGUUGUUUGUCUCUAUUUCCUUUUUUUUAUACGAUAUUAUUUUUUGUAUUCAGAUAAAUCUGCAGGUUAGGAUUGCUUUAAGGUUUUCGGGGCAAAGGAUUUUCAUAUUCAGCUUUUGAUGUUGUAUUUCAAGUUAUGUCAUUGCAUGUGUGCUGCACUAAACGCUUGUCUUGCUCUUGUUCUUGCACACACACACACACACACACACACACACACACACACACACACACACACACACACACACACACACACACACACACACACACACACACACAGCUCCAUUGACCAGUGCUUGCACUUUGAUCCCAGCCGGGGUUUCACAUUUUAUGGCCAUGGUGUCAACUCUCAACGAGCACAGCUAGUGAACCCUGUCAGGAAUAAGUCUCAGCCUUACAGACCAUAGGAAACUGUGGUGUUUUUUUUAAUGUUUAUUGACCAUCAAAUCAGGUGAAAUCUUUAUUUGAGAUGUUGUUGAUGUUUACAAUGAAAUUUGCUUGUCCGUCUUUUUUGAAACAGUUUUUUUCUGUCUCAAAAUGCUAUAGAAAAUACAUUGACGUUGGUUUUUGUUUUGAUAAACAUGUUGAAAUGUUCUCCAAAGAUAGUCUCAGUACUGUAAAAUCAGGAUGUUCUGUUUUUUUGUUUUAACCUUAGAGAAAACAUGUCCAAGUAAAUGUUGUAAGUGGAUCCAGAUCAUAUGAUGGGCUGUUAUGGUGCACACAGAGAAAUAAUUAUUUGAGAGGAAUAUAUUUUUCCUGCAAGUCGAAUCUCAAGCUGGUGCAUUUGAUUAUGUUUUUGAACAUGUGUGGAAUUGUUUGCUGGACAAGUUGAAUGUACCCAGUAAAAUAUGUAUCUCAGUAUGAUAUACAUUGAUAUAUGUUGCCUUACAAAGAUGUUCAGGAAGAGGUACUGUGUUUUCUCGUGCCAUAUAUACAGUAUAAUGGUGAGCUUAUUCCACCAAAUGAACAUUAUUCUAAUAAAAAGCUGUUGCUGCUAUUUUCAGAGUGCAACAGUCAUUUUUGGAGACAUUUUAACAAGCUUUUUUACAGAUAUAAAAACAACAAAUGUGCCUUUUUUUUAGCGGACAGAAAACCACAAUCACUGUUCUGAGCUUUCUAUCAGUCUUGUGACUUUCAGCUGUCCGAUUUGUGUUGCUCGUAAAAACUGGUCAAAUGGCUUUUUUUCCCUUUCCUGUAAGCUUACUGGCUUUGCAAAUCCCUGUGCAUGAUUUCGGGAUUUGGGAUGUUUUUUUUACGUUUUUUGAAUUGUACUGAAUAGAUGGUGUUUGUGCCACAUUAGAUCCUUUUUUACCUUAAUUAGAUGCCUGAUUUUGUAACAAUGACCUAAAGUGCCUUAAAAGGUCCAUAACACUCGUUAAAGAAGUGGACAGAUCCAAAGAUAACAGAUGUAUAACUAAGAGAUAGUAUUUAUCGUAUAUGCAAGUAAAAAGGGUAUGAAUAUAAUUACUAUGUUAUUGUGAAAAAUAUGCAGCUAUUAAGUGAAACAUCCCACUCAAAGAUCAUUUUAAGGGUUUGGUUCAGGGUUUUUCAAAGGCCUGUCUGACCAGAGAAGCUUUCCUUUUAUUUUUUAUUCUCAUCGACAGCUGCUCUUAAACAUGUAUACGCAAUGUUAGUUCAAGUCAAUGAACAAGCAGGACACUAACCGAUUCAAACCACAGAUGUGCUUUGUGUGAAAGUUUUGAAAGGCCUUUUUGAAAUCCUGAACCCUCUGAAAGUCCUCAUUGAAGCCUCAUGAGUCUUUGAAGGACUUGAAAUGUUACCGAAGGGAUUUCUUGUGAGCCUUUAAUGCCAAAGUUGUAAUUUGCUUGAAGUAGAAUUUCCUAACGAUGCUGUCCACACUAUGGAAAAGCCAUUCAGUCGAUGCAAUCCUGUUUGUUUUCUGUUUUUAAAUAAUGCUGAGUAAAAUGAUGUUUUUCCCAGUGA